CAGCUGUGCACAGCUGGCCUGUCUGAACUGACAGUAUUUAGUUGACAUUUUCAGUUGGUUUCACAGACUUGAGCAAAAAAACAUUCGGAUACAAUGGACGAAGAGGAUAUUUUGCCUCCUAGAACUUCAUAUCUACCAAUAAUCUGGACUGCAAUAGCCUCAAUUGGCUGGUACAUUCUGGGAGCCGGGGUGGCUCUGUUCUUCGCUUCUCCAUACAUAGCUGACAAGUACAGAAGCUGGAGGAGAAGAAAGGAUGAACAAGAGUACGAUGAAAAGUAUAAGAAAGAUCCUGACCUACAAGAGGAGCGAUUGAGGUCAAUUGAAGCAGCAAGACAACGAAUGCAGUCGAAAUACAACGAAACUGUCGAGGAAGCAGAACGCAGAAAAGAAGCUGAAAAGGAGGCGAAAAUGAGAGAGUUGUUAAAACACAGUGAUGAAGCUGGUGGUCACAGACUCGGUGGGCCAUCGACCUCUAAAUCUAAAUAUAAUGACUAUAAUCCGCUGAUGGGAGAUACGAACCGAGGGUACAAGCCCCCGAAACGCAGUGCCUGUCGUGGCGGAGGCUGUGGAGGAUCUUAAAAUGCAGUCAACUUAUUCAGUAACUAAAUAAUUCAACUUGACAAAAAUUACUAUUACGCCCUAACAAAUUCUUUCUCCGGGAAUGAUGGUUCUGAUAAUCACCUGAUAACUUACUUACAUCGAUUUAAUUUCUUAUGAUAUAUGUAUUAUGAAGAAAACAUCUGAUAUAAUAAGUGUAAACUGUAUAAUAAAAUUUAACGAUUUAUUUCUGGUAA